GGCCGUGGCGGAGGCGCUGCGGAGCCGUGGGUGCCGGGGCCCCGGACGCCAUGUCGGGCCGCUCCGUGCGAGCCGAAACCCGCAGCCGCGCCAAAGAUGACAUCAAAAAAGUGAUGGCCGCCAUCGAGCGGGUCCGCAAAUGGGAGAAGAAGUGGGUGACGGUGGGAGACACAUCCCUUCGGAUAUUCAAGUGGGUGCCUGUAGCAGACAGUAAGGAGAAAGAGAAGUCCAAAACAAGUAGCAGCGCUGCCCGAGAACCCAAUGGCUUCCCAGUGGACUCAUCUGCCAACUCCUCCCUCCUCCUGGAGUUCCAGGAUGAGACCAGUAACCAGAGCUCCUUAUCGGACGUUUACCAGCUCAAGGUCGACAGCAGCCCAAACUCGAGCCUCAGCCCCCAACAGAGCGAGUCAAUGAGUCCUGCUCAUACGGACGAUUCGCAGCCACCUACACUGGGGCAGGAGAUCCUGGAAGAGCCCUGCUUGCCUUCCUCAGAAGUUGCAGAUGAGCCUCCCACUCUCACGAAGGAGGAGCCUGUCCCUCUUGAGACUCAGUCUUGGGCUGCCCUCUGCCCAGCUUCUCCAACUGUUUCUGUGCGGUAGUUUUGAGCUGUGAGUGCCAAAAUCGAUAGUGCCUGGAAAACUGAAAAUGUGGGGACAGCCUGAAAGAAUCACAAUUAAUAUCCCGGGUCACUGCCCUGA